AUGGGGGAUGCGCAGAAAGCCUCCAGACCUGGUCCAAAUGUCCUGAGCCAAGUCCUCUUCCCAACUCACCCACAUAAACUGUCUGACGAACAAGUUUGGGCAAUUGUGUGUCGCUGGCACGGUAUACGCUCGCCUUUUGCUCUGUACAGUGACCCCACCAUCCACAACAUAUACUUGAACGACUGGGUCCCCUGGUGGCACACGCAAUGCCCUUUACUUCUGGGCAACAACCCGCUUCCCCAACUAUCUGACCAAACCAUCCACAGCACCCCCAAUCAAAAGCGUAGACUCUACCACAGAUUCUACCAAGCGCUAACCUCCCAUUGGCUCUCCAUCGAAUGCUUAGCCCUCGCGAAGGCAACGGUGUAUCCAAGCCGCACGUCACGAAAUCAAUGGCAUAAAAUUAUCUCCGCCCAGUGGUACAGUCGAGGUCAUCUUAACCUAAGGGAGAAACUCGAUAUCCUGCACGUGACUGUCUUCGUGUGGGAGUUUUUAGCUCGCAAGGCCUUCGAGACGAUCCCACUUAUUCCACGGCUACAGGAAUUUCGCACUCGGAAGGUCUUUCUCCGGCCUCCAAGUGUCAUUCAGGCUGUCAUUCUGCAGAACUGGCCCGACCCAGAUUCGAUGUGCGACCUGAUGGAGUAUUUUGAGCAUUUGACACCCGAGUACACCAUUCAACAGGCUAUUGCUGGGGACGAGCAUGAGGGGGAUGAAGAACCUGGAAAUUUAGUUGAUGAGAAUGCGGGAGCCUGGGACAUGGGAUUGCAGGAUCUGGAGAAAUGCACACAUGAUUACCUGCGACAAGUGAAAACCAUACCCCGGGCUACAUGGCGAUGGUAUUGGCCCGCCAGUUUGGGAGGAAACUUUGGCAAGCGCCCAAGGCUAGGUCAUCCUGGCGAUGGUAGAUUGAGUAUCAGUGUCUUGGAUAGAUUGUUCCUUUGUCCCGAGACAGAUAACAUUAGCCAUGGCCGGGGAUCCGCGCCACCUGACAUAUGCAUCAUCUUUACACGGUAA